AUGGCCGAGAUGGAGAUUCUCGAUGCCGAUAUCACACGUAUACGUGCCAAAAUUGCAGCUCUCCACGCCCACCGCGCAAAUCUCUCGACAAUCCUUCUAUCGCAACCCCACCUCCCCUCCCGUCUUCAACCGCGUCCGGUCCUCCAUGAGGGCAAUCAUCGCGAUGCAGCCGCACGGGCAGAAGUUCAGCUGAAGCGCAAUACAGAGAAUGUCUACCGUGCUUGCGCCGGCAUAACUUCCUUCAAAGUCAAAGAUCCCGAUCCGUACGCUGUGGACAACGGCAAUGUGUUGGGGGUGCGCAUCGAGGUCUCCAUCGGCGGACGCUUUAUAGAAACAUACAGUGUAUUGUUCAAUCGACAGGAUACACAGUCGAAACAUGUGCUGAAAAUACACAAACACACAAUUCCGCCUUGCAUCCCACUUCAACAAUUGGCAAAUAAAUGGUUACCCAUGUCUACGAAAGAUGCCGGAGUUGCUCCGGAGCAGAAUCUCGUUCGGUUCGGCAAGUCUUUGCGCAAAGAGCUUGUCAGUUGGCAUUUGCGCCUGGCAGCGAUACGCACACUGCGGGCUGAAGCAGGUGUGGACGAGAAGCCGAAGCCGGCGACCGAGGAAGCCCAGAAGCCAGUGAUCGGGAUCGUUCUCAAUGCUUUCGUGAGCGACGAUGAAUCGGAAGAAGAGGAUGAAGACGCAGGCGAAGAUACCGUUCAAAGUCGACAUGGCGGAUCUAUCCGUAUUGCGAGUAUCGAAGCCGACGCUGCAGCCAGAGAGGUACUCAUUACAUGGACGAAUCAACGCAUCGGUGUGAUAAAGGUCGCCAAAGACGGUACUGUUGAGAAGGCCGUGGUGAGGGGCGCAGACGGUACAGCACAAUCAGCUAUGAGCAGGGCAGCUCUUGGACGCAUCGAGGGCCUUGUGCAGCGGCUGGCAGCAUGA